AUGCGGCCGAGAAAGGCCAGGCGGGCACAGACAAGUAUGCAUAGGCAGCCAACCGCGAAUCAUGUUUCGGACCCAGAGAGGGCUAACGAAGCUGAGCAGAUAUGGGCAGUCGCUGGUGCAAUACAACCCUGCAGCGGAGCGCCGGCUGCGCCUAAAGAUCGACCUCUUACCACGGACAUAGGCAAUGCAAAGAUUGCCGGCCUCGACGCCGACCUGGGCAUGAAGGGCUCCGACUACAACCUCAUCAUCACGGCCUUCUACGUAUCCUACAUCGUCUUCGAGAUCCCGUGCAAUGUCAUGUGCAAGUGGAUGGGGCCGGGCUGGUUCCUGCCGCUGAGCACGCUGCUGUUCGGCAUCGCCUCGGUGGGCACCGCCUUCGUCAAGACGGUCCCGCAGGCCGCCGUCGUCCGCUUCCUGCUGGGCAUCUUCGAGGCCGGCAUGAUGCCCGGCAUCGCCUACUACCUGUCCCGCUGGUACCGCCGCUCGGAGCUCGUGUUCCGGCUGUCGCUCUACAUCGCGACCGCGCCGCUGGCGGGCGCCUUUGGCGGGCUGCUGGCCUCUGCGAUCCUCAAGCUGGACCACUUUGGCGGCCUGCGCCGCUGGAGGAUGAUCUUUGCCAUAGAGGGCAUCAUCACCAUCGGACUGGCGCUCGUCAGCUUCUUCACCCUGACCGACAGGCCUAGCACGGCCCGCUGGCUGACCGAGGAGGAGAAGGACCUGGCCAUCGCCCGCGUCAAGUCGGAGCGCGUCGGCACGACGGUGGUCCUCGACAAGAUCGACAAGGUCAAGCUCCGCCGCGGCAUCCUGUCGCCCAUCACCCUCAGCAUCUCGUUCAUCUUCCUGCUCGUCAACGUGACGGUCCAGGGGUUGGCCUUCUUCGCGCCCACCAUCGUCAAGACCAUCUACUCGGACAAGACGACGAUCCAGCAGCAGCUCUACACGGUCCCGCCGUACGCCGUGGCGACCUUCUUCACCAUGUUCUUCCCCUUUGUCAGCUGGCGGCUGGACCGGCGGCAGAUCUUCUUCCCGAUCUGCGGCCUGCUCUGCGUGGCGGGCUACAUCAUGUUCCUGGCGACGGCGAACCCGUCGGUGCGGUACGGGGCCACCUUUGUCAUCUCGUCGGCCUGCUUCUCGCUGGGGGCCAUCACCAACGCGCAGGUGUCGGCCAACGUGGUCAGCGACACGGCGCGCAGCGCGGCCAUCGGCACGGUGGCCAUGCUGGGCAACGUCGGCGGCCUGGUGGCGAGCUGGUCGUUCCUGGCGUGGGACGGGCCCAACUACCCGAUCGGCAACGGGCUGAACCUGGCGACCAACGGCAUGAUCUUUAUCGUGGGCAUCCUGACGCUGCUGUGGAUGAAGCGCGACAACCGGAAGCGGGACGAGCGCAACAUCGACGAGGAGCUGAGCGGCAUGUCGCAGGGGGAGAUCGAGGACCUGGACUGGAAGCACCCGGCCUUCCGGUGGCGGCCUUGA